AUGGAACCACAAGAUCCGCAGCUAAAAGAGGACAUCAAGACCACGGCAAGCUACAUAAAGCAACAUGGCACCAGUUUUGAGAGCAAAUUACUAGAAGAUGAGAGGUUUUCAUUUAUUAGAGAGGAUGACCCACUUCACGAAUACUAUAUAAAAAUCUUGAGUGACACAACUGUCGGAAAUGAGGACGAUGUGGGAAGGAGAGAGCGUGAGAUAGCGAGACCACAAGAUUUUGUAUUCUCUGAGUAUGAUUCUGGAAUAUCGCGAAGAGACAUCGAGAUUAUCAAAUUAACAGCACGCUACUGUGCUCAGGAUGAAAAUAAUCUUAAACGUAUAGCUUCAAAACACGGUGAAGGCAUGUUACAAUUCAUAAACGAUUCACAUCCACUGCAUAAGACAUUUACUGAUUUUAUUGCCCAAUACAAGCGCAUAAUCUCUUCCAAGGGUCAAGAAAUAAAGAAAAGUAAGAGAGACAUCAUUGACGAGUGUUUUGCCAGAGCACGGUACUGGGAGUUCGCAAAGGAUCAAGACCGAGAGCACGAUAAGCUCCUUGAGUCAUGCAAAAUACAGUUUGCGGCCAUCCCAUGGGAUAAGUUUACACAAGUCGCGAAAUUCCUCAUUCCUGAAAACACAAAUACUUUGCAAAAUGCUCUCGAUUUACCGCAGAUGAGGCUCCGCACGGUACAACCCGAUAUGAAGAUAUUCGACAGUAUUAGACCAGUAAAUGAAGAAGAAAAGGCAGCAUCUGACCCAACAAAGCUCAAAGAAGGAGCCCCUAAGAGCAAGAAACGUAAGAUCAGAGCAGCGGGAGAGACAAGAUUGAAAAAAAGCAAGAAGUAA